AUGUCAAUUCAAUGUAAGUGGGCGAAGAAUGGCGGUGACAUUAGCAUCGUUCUAGAGGCUCUUCGUGUGGAAGAUCUGGAUUCCUCUGUGCAGACUCCUUUUGCCUUGUUACCUCAUAUGAAAUAUGCUAGCACACUCAAGAAUCCGGUGGAUCGUUAUAGACAAACCAUGAUGGAGGAUUUUGAGUUUACUGAUGGUGACUGCUCUUUCUCACAAGGUAAACAUAAGCUUGACUUUGAAUGGCGCUGUGCUGUGAUUGCGAAUCUCAUGGGAAAACCUAAUUCUACCAACACUUUUGACUUCAUGCUGAGAGAAAAUGGAGACCUGACUUUCUGGGUCAGAAUUUUUGGUCUACCUGUCAAGUAUUUCAAGGAGUUCACUGUUGCUAAAAUUGGAAAGAUACUUGGUGAUGUUGUGAGGGUUGGCAAGCUUACUAUUGGACAAUCUAGAGGAAAAUUUGCUCGUGUCUGUGUUGAAGUUGAUCUAAGCAAGCCUCUGCGUCCAUAUGUUGAAGUUGAAUCUACUGCUUAUAAUGUUGUGUAUGAAGGCAUCUCCCUUAUUUGCUUCGAGUGUGGCUGCUUUGGUCACUCUAAGGAUAAAUGUCCCACACUAAAAUUUCCUGCAAAUGAUAGCAUUAUUCAACAUGACCCUAGUAGUGAUACUGCUCUGGCCCAUACCAAUGACUCUACUAGAGUUGUCCCUUCUGAUGUUAACAUGACAAGUGUGCAAAAUGGGCAAGUCUCCCCUCCUCCCUGUGAUGUAAUUAAGGAGGAUAUGGGACCUUGGAUGCUUAUGAUUUACAGGAAUAAGAAGAAAAGCAAUGACAGUGGUGCAGCCAAAAAACAUGGAAAUUCUAGUUCCAGGUUUUCUAUUUUGCAGGAGGAAAGUGGCAUGGAAUCUGUUCUGCCUGAGAAGACUAUAAAGGACAAUCAUGUUGACAUUGUGGCCCCUAUUGUCAAACUUUGGAAGAAUUUUCAAGACAAAAAGAAAGUUGCCUCUGUGUCCACCAAAGCCAAUUCUGCUUCUGACACUGAUGCCAUUUUGAAGAGUCCUGAUCUAGCUGGUAAACUCUCCCCAGCUAAAGUUACUUCGGUAUUUGCUGAUAAGUCUAAUAUGAAGAGCAAGGGAGAAUCCCAAUGAGAGAUGUUUCAAACAUUGGAAGCUGCAGUGGGUCCAAAGUUGAUUUGCAUUAUCAAAGGAAAGCUAAAGGUAUUCACUAUUCAUGAUGCUGAUAACUUUGUGGAAAAAACUUUUGCUGAUAAUAGCAUGGUGACAAUUAAUGAUGACCUACCUUCCCAUGAUGGGGAGAGCAUGGUCGAUGCUUAAAUGGGGUGUCUACCCUCUCUUUCUUUGCAUCUCCAUGUUUAAAGUUUUAUUUUGGAAUGCCAGAGGUGCUGGAAGUGAGAAUUUUCGAUCUGCUAUUACAGACUUAGUCAAUCUUCACUCUGUUGAUAUUUUAGCUAUUUGUGAACCUCGUGUUCAAUUUAGUAGGGCUAAGGAUACUCUUAGAAAACUUGGUUUUUCUGAUUUUAGAAUUGUAGAAGCUGAGGGCUUUUCUGGUGGUACUUAGCUCCUGUGGAAUAGUCUUAAAGUUCAUGUUGACUUCAUUGAUA